GUAAAAUACGCGCCGCCAGCAGUGAACAGCGUAUAAUAUUCAAUUAUAUUAUUCGAGUACCUCGCCUGCCGUAUUUAGUUAAAAAUAGAAAAUCGACGAAUUUUUACCUAACGAAAAAAUGCAAAAAAAUGCCUAAUUGGUCUAAUAAAAUUGUAAAUUUUCACAUGAAUAAAUAUUAACUGAAGUGCUAAAGUUGUGCAAAAAUGCUUACAAAUAUGUAAUACACUGUUUGCGAAUUUGUUGCAGAAAGUAUUUAUAAUUUUUACAUAAGUGGCUCGCAGUGCGAAAAAAAUAAUAAGUACAAAAUAGCUAAUUUUGAAUAAAAUUCACGGAUUUAUUUGUUCAACUUUUUUUCUGUGCAAAAAGUGCGAGAAAUAGCGUAAACAUUUGGCGCGUGUUUUAUAUCAAAACAAAAUAACACGAAUUGGUGAUUUGGUGAAAAACGAAUAACUAUUCGUACUUGCAAAAACAAACAUACAUAAUAUCGGCAGCACUAAUACAAACACACUAUCGGUAUGCACAUUAGUUAGCGCGUAAAAUAUUUAGUGGCAAUUAAUCGAUUAUCGUAAGAUAUUCCAAAUGUGACUGAGAAGCGCCAAAUUCAGUGAACUAGUGUAGAAUUCGUAAUAUUUAAAAAAUAACGGUGGUUCAAUGGCUUUCAUGUGCAUACGUGUUGGUGAAUAAGCAAAUAAAUUAGUUAACGCUCAUGAUACACACCGUUUGGCAGCACACAUUCGAUAGUAAAUAACGCAAUAAUGUCGAAGAGACCUCGCGGGAACAUACACAAGAUUCGAGAAUUCGAAUUGGAAAAGAUCCAUUUAGUCGAUGAAUUUGAUAUCUUACAAAUUGUGGGUGAAGGAUGGUUUGGCAAGAUAUUACUGGUCGAACAUCGUGGCUCUCAAACCGAAAUGGUAUUGAAAGCCGUGCCAAAACCCUAUGUCUCAAUACGUGACUUCUUUCGGGAAUUCCAUUAUGGACUGCAUCUGGGUAUACACAGAAAUAUAGUGACCACAUACGACGUAGCCUUUGAGACGGCUGGUUUCUAUAUUUUCACACAAGAGUAUGCGCCACUAGGUGAUCUCACAUCAAAUAUGGCCGACACAGGUGUUGGUGAAGAAUACACAAAACGAGUGGCUAAACAAAUUGGCGCUGCGCUGGAUUAUAUGCACUCAAAAGACAUUGUACAUCGGGAUGUGAAGCUGGAUAACGUGCUCAUCUAUCGUUCGGAUUUCACGCGCGUCAAAAUUUGUGAUUUCGGCGAAUCAUAUCAGGCGGGCACGAUUGUGGAGCGACGCAACGAGUGGUUACCUUACAGCCCACCGGAAGUAUUAGAAAUUAAGCCGGAAGGCACCUACACAGCCGAACCCAGUCACGAUGUUUGGCAAUUCGGUAUUGUCAUCUUUGUCUGUCUAACUGGUUGUUUGCCUUGGCAGAAGGCCGCCUCAGAUGAUCCGCGUUAUGUACGUUACUUGGCAUGGUUUGGCGCCAAUAUUCUACCCAUGCGUCGCACACCGAAACUCUUUAAGUUGAUCACUUCACGCGCACAGCGCAUGUUCAAAAGAUUCCUAGAUCCACGCGCCGAACGACGACCGAAGAAUUUAACAGAUUUAUCAAAGUUCCUUGAUGAUCGUUGGUUGACUAAAACAGCCGAAAAAGAAAUGGCCGAAUAUGAAACCGAUGAAUUAUGUCCAUCCAUGUAUUCCUUCCACAGCAGCCCCGAUGAAAAGCAUCGUUUGCUGCAUACGCUGGCCAAUUGUGGCUUAGAAACGAAUGUCGAUCGACAAUCGAAGAAGAAUCGUAUCAAGGAUUGGAUUGAAGCUUCGGUCAUAACGGAAGAGGAUGAAGAGGAACUGGAAGAUAACUCACCCUCCUCAUCAGUUUCUCGUGAACCGGUCGCUGGGCACAUAUCUUCCAUACGCAAUACUAUGGAGCAGACCAAAGCCAUCAACACUACACUCAAAGAUGCUGCUCAAAAACAUUUCGAUCCGCGCACCGGUGCACUCCAAGAAGGUCCCAGCGAAAUGGGCGGUAUCACGCAGACACAGCAAAAAUCGUACAAUGCUUCCAUCGGCAACAUAUCCACCAUGAAUAAUGGUGAUAGUCUUUGCGGCAGUCUAUUGACGUUGAGCUCGCGUCCAGAUCUACUAGAAAGUCACUUAGAAAUAUAUAAUUCUGAAUUAAAUAUAAAUCGUUUAGGUGAGCAUAAUAAUUCUGCUCAAUUCUACGGGCAUAAUCAGUCGCUUAGCAGCAGCAAUUUACUUAUGGUUGAUUACGGUACAGCUUCUAAGGAAGGCGCCAACAACAAUGUGUCUAAGAAGUCGAUAGGCUUAGACACUUAUGGUCUGCCAAAUGAAUAUCGAAAGAGCGCAUUGAAAAGAACUAAAUCUGAUUCCGUAAAAACUGUUAUGUUCGCUAGCAUGCCUGCUAUCAACGAUAGCGAUGCUUAUGCUGCUGCCGGACAGAAAUUGCCGCCAAAACAAACGCUAAACAAUGCUAAUACUAAUCAAAAGCUAACCAGUGCUAAUGCGCCCACUGACAACUAUUUCACUAAAAAUGCCAAUAAUACUAAUGAUAGUCAUGUGACCACAGGAAACGCCGAAACAGGGAAGGGGAAUUCCUCUGUGACCUUAACGGGACUUGCUAAUGCCUUUCAUUCACUCGCCUCCAUCACGUUGCCGAAGUCAGGCACUCCAGAUCGGCAACAGCAGCAGCAGCAACAACAUGUACAACAACAGCAAGAACAACAUCGACAACAACAACAGCAGCAACAACUACGGCAACAACAAUUCGCCACAUAUUAUCUGAAACAGCAAGAAAAUGGUUCUUCAAUCAGGGAUAGCGCUUACGGUUCUGCCGAGGUCAGUGAGGCGCCAUCAAGAACCGUUAGCACUUCAUCAAUGAAACCACAAUACAAUGGAAAUUCCACCCAAUAUAAUGGACAGCAAGCACAAUUUUCCAAUCAUACACGUGCUAUGAGUCCCGACACACGUCAACGUCCGCCAGAAAGCCAGCAGAUAUAUAAAGGGGCGCGCACGGGCAGCUUGAAAGAUUCGGCGUACGAUAGGAUAACGGUUACUAAUAACAACAGGAAUCGUAGAUAAAGUGAUUAACGCUUGUAGAGAUAUCCAUUCAAAGGAAAGUGAUACCAUUGAUACAUACAUAAAUAUGUCUAGUUUUAUAGUCCGCUCUUCGUCUUUACCAUUGUUAAAUUUCCCAUUUUUUAAACCUAAAUAUAAAGCUAUAAUAAAUACGUACAUAUGUAUAU